AGGGUGCAAGUAGGCAUGUGUGGGCUUUGCUGCAGCCUGGUCCUGGGCAGGGCAGGCAAGAGUCUCCCCAGGCUGCAGCAUUAGUUCUGGGCUAACACGGUAAACUGGGAAGACCUGCCAUCUGCUCACCACCUACUUGCCCCCAAAACAAAAAAGGCCACCCCAUGCUUAUGCCCAGGGCCAUGGUCUUCAGACCAGCCUGGUCCCCGUAAUCUGUCCUUUAUGCUUCUCCAGGCCAGAAGCCAGGGAGCCCUCAGUGACCACAGAUUCUCUGGACAGCUUCACAGCCCUAUCCCCACCCAGCCGAGGCAGUGGAGCACCAGAUCAAGCACAAGGACAGAGCCCCUGGACUGCCAGGUUCCUUGCCAGGAAUCAGGAGGAGAAAUCCGUCUCCUGGAGCUUGAGUGUGGCCUGGGGGACAGGCCGUUGGUCCCACAAUGCCCCUGCCUGAGCCCAGCGAACAGGAGGGCGAGAGUGUGAAGGCCGGCCAGGAGCCGUCCCCACAGUCCCCCGAGCCGGGCACAGAUGUCGUCCCUUCAGCUCCCAGGAAGCCCAAGCCCAGGAAGUUCUCCAAACUGGUGCUGCUGACAGCGUCCAAGGACAGUGACAAAGUGGCUGCAGCCAAGCGCAGAGGCGUGCACUGCAUCAUGUCCCUGGGGGUGCCCGCCCCCACCACCCUGGCCAAGGCCCUCCUCAAGAUCCAUCCCGAGGCCCAGCGUGCCAUUGAGGCAGCCCCCCCGGAGCCUGAGCAGAAACGCAGGAAGCUGGACACAGGAAAAGAAGACGGAAGGCUGGCAGAGGGGCCAGCUCCCAGUCCCACGGAGGGCGGGGAGGAGUCCUCUGUGGGGCCCGGCGAGGCUCCGUAACCCUGACGACUGCAGGCACGGCGUCCUUGAUGGCUCCGUGAACUUGGCUGUGACUUCUUCUGCCUGGGGCCCAGUCCCCAGUGAUUUUCACUCACAACAUUGUGUAAUGUUUUUCAGCUCAAGCUCAAGUUACUUUUGUAAGCAGAACAAAAGAUUAAAAUAAAAUAAAAUAAAUGCUAGAUCCUAUCAUGAA